CUAUUCGAUGGUUAGACGAUGUGGUGUUUCUUUACUUCAAAUGCAGCGAAAGCAUCUAGCGUUAACAAAUAAGUUAUAUUAUAAUUACUGUUUCUUCUCGUUUUUACUCACUGAAAUUAUGUGAACAUAACCUUCUCUGAAAUAUAUCAGACCCUUUGACGGACUUUUCUGUGAAAAUUCACGAGAAAACGAGGCGAUUGAAAAGGUAUCCUGUAUAAGAUCUAAGUCGUCCACCAUGUUGUUUACACAAGUUGACGGAGUCUGAAAAUGUGUAACGUUCGUUGUCAUCGGUGGGCGGGCCCUGGAAGCGUGAAUUUACAAACAUAGCGUUUGAACCACAACAAAAAACAUAGCGUUAAUCGUGGAGUGAUUAUAUAUGAUUAAGAAAAUAAGAUUUACAUGCUUUUACGGAUUUUAUGUGCAACACCGCAGAACGACGUGAACUAGGGUAGACGAGAUUCAAAAUGGAGGAAUACAUGUCCACGCGCUAAUAUUCGAAUCGACGCCAUUGGUACCAAACUUUUCAAGUUCCAUAGAAACUCCAAUUGCUAGCAAGUUCUGUUUAAGAAAAUGUUUACUGGGGCAGAUGAAGAUCUGUACAUUUGCUAUUUGACUAUGGAAGGAAUAACAAAGAUUCUUAAGAGAGAAGGCUUUGGUCUCAUACGACAACCGAGAGACCACAACGCAUUUUACUACAUCGUUCAUGCAAUAAAAAAUACGCCUGAAAAACCUUCUUUGUGGGAAAUAAGGAAAAUGAAGAACGAGAUAUUCGAGUUUGAAGUAUCCAAUGCCUUGUAUUUUCACCUCUUUCUUCCUCAAUGCAUUGAAUGUGACGGGAAAGUGUCACCAGAGAAAUGUUUAGAGAGGGAUUUCGAUCUAUCUCGGGAUGAGAAAAGGUCUCCUUCACCAAGAGAAAUGUUUGCUACUUCAGAAGUGUUACAGAGAAACAUCUGUUUAUAUCGAAUGAGCGCUUCCUCUGUGAAAGUGAUUAGUGAUUUCAGGGGUUUCAUAUUUACCCCAAUCCUACGACAUUGCUGUACAAAAGAACCCGUAUGCAUCGUCAUGAUAGAAAAAAACGACGGAUAUCCUGAUUUUGCUGUGAUUGAUUUUCUCGAUCAUGAGAAGGACUUGAACUCCUGUCCAGGUGUUCUAGUCAAUAGAGAGCAUGUAGAUUGUUUCGGUCUCAAAUUUUCCAACAAUUUUGAAAACCUCUUCACAACACCUACAUACAGUUGUUAUGAAAAUGUCACUGACUUGUUCGAACGAUUUAGUUUAGAAUUAUACGGACACGAGGAACAUUACAUUCGAGUUAGAAAUGCAGUGUGUGAUUUUGAGGUGAAUGAAGAAAAUGUAGAAUUGUUUUGUAAGUAUGCAGAUGAGUCUCCUAAUGAGUUGGAAGAAAUUGAACUUGGCGAAAAAGAGAAGCUUUUGGCAAAGCACAUAGAAGAUGUUCGAUCGGGUUCGAAGAGUCCUGGCAGGGGAGAACUGUUUGCUCUGUCAUCUGUUUUCAACGUCGACAUUUUCAUCGGAAAGAAUGGCGGAAAUGACUGGGACCUGUACAUGCCUGUCUCCAGCAUCUACACUAAAUGUCUCGAUUCACCAAUUCUUUUACAAGUACAGGGAAAGGAAUCCUUACACUACUUACCUUUUGUCUCACAUGAAAACCAAUGCUCCUGCAAGCAGACUAGGCCAGUUAUCAGGGGACAUAUUGGAAUGAUCGCAGACAAUAUUCAAACAAAUGUGUUACGAGCAACGUGUUGUCCGUCACGGAGACAUGGUUUCCACGGCCAUCUUGACCACAUUCCUAACAGCAGAAAGACUUGGGCUGUUAGAGAAGAAUGCUUUCUACCAGACAUUACCACUGAGACCGUUUUGACAAGACUUUCUGCAGAAGAACGUCGACUAGAUAAGAUUAUCGUUGGAAAUGGAACAUUAAAUAGUGCCCUGGCGAAGGAAUUAUAUGAACAUGACGAAGAUUUAUCAGGUGAGUUACUUGAAAUCUUGGACAGAGAAAACAACAGUUUGAGUGAUAAACUGCAGGAAGUCUGCAAUUGGAUUCAAUUACCAAUUUAUACAUUCAAUAUGGCAAUCGUGCAAGGCGAUUCACGUCCAGGACUUCAUUGGACACGAUUUGAACCAAACGCCAUUCUCCAAUCUCAGCAGAGAAGAUCUUGUAGAUUUUAUAUUACCAUUUUUCACGACCAAUGCAAAGGAGCUUUUGAUCGAAUCAUUCCGAAAUGUGGGUGCAAUUGCCAACUACCACCGCCAGUUUCGCUAUUACUCUUACAAAAAGAUACAAAAUCAGACAUGAUACAGCAUAUUGAACCGGGCAGUAGACACAGGGUCUUUGAUACAUAUUUCAGCGAAACGCCAGAUGAAAGCCUGUAUUGUACAGAAAUCAGAUACUUCCCUCCAUGUCCUCCUUACUCAGGACUUCACAUGAUACAACAGAGAGAAGAUAUGAGAGACAGGAUAGUAGACUAUGUAGAAUUUUUCGAUCACUCACUUCUUCGAUGUAUGAGCAAGGAAAUAUUCGGAACUGAGCAACACAUUGACUUCUUACUGAAAGAGUUUACAGCUGAAAUUUUACAAAAUCUCGAUCUUUACAUGCCUUUCAUGGAGGGUAUUGCAAAGUUUAGAUUCGAGAAAAAAUUCGGAAAAAUUAAAGAUAUAGGAAAGGAGGGACAAAAGUUAGCCGAGUUCUACAUUUUGCGAAUGGAGGACGAUUUGACGAUAGGAGACCUAUUGCUCUGGGUGAUCUGCACUUUUUUCCAAAUUGAAAUGGUGGUUCUCCGAUUUGCAGAGUCAAAGAUUUCAACUGAAACCUACUGGACGGAAUAUUUUCCCUUGCGAAAAAAGACAGAUAGAGAUGGAAAUCUUAUGAGAAAGAAAGAGAUCAUUACAUUACUAGAGAGCCAGACAAAACGAUUCUACAGAAUUGUAUCAAGAUAUAAUGCAUGCAACUGUAGUCUGGACGGUCCAAUUGUCCCAGGAACAAUGAAAGAUCCCGCUUCCGUUUCCUCUCCCCAUGAUUGGAAAUACAUAAGACAGAUGCGAAACAUAGAAGCCAAGAUCGAAAUCGUCGUGGAUACCAUUAACCAAUGGCAAGAAUGCAAUCUUCUUCUUCAACAGACUUGCGACAAGGUAAUUGAGGAAAUGGAACUCCGUCGUAGAAACGUAAACAUUGCAACAAUAACUGGCUCUGGUGCUGGAAUAUUGGGCACUGUUCUGACAGCUGUAGGCAUUGGAAUUGCGCCAUUGACAGCAGGGGCAUCCCUGGCUUUGGCUAUUGGGGGAGGUGCCCUGGCAGCUACUGGUGGAUCGGUAGCAGCUGGUGCUAAGAUUACCGAAACAGUCAUGAACACGAAAACAGUUGAAAUUUUGAAAAGGUAUCAAGAUGGCUAUCAAGAACGAUUUGAAGAUGUUGAACGCAAUCUGCAACUGCUUGCAAAUGAAAUCGAGAAGCUCGACGAUAUUGCGAGUAACAUGAAAACUAACCAAGACAUAGAGGCCCUGGAUUUUGCUACAUUACAAAGCUUACCAGGAAUUUUAAGAAUGGCCAAAGGGAUUACCAUGAUUCCAUUGGCGGUGCUACAGAUUUCUGCUCGAGGAAUCACCAUUCUAGGCGCUGUGAUAGGACCGUUAUCAGCACUGGUCGAUGUUGGCUUUAUGGCUUUUUCAAUUCGGAAUAUGGUAAAAGGAAAUAAGACGGAUGUCACCGAAAAUCUUCGCCGAAUAUCCGCUUCGCUAUAUGGAUCCAGGAGGCAAAUGCAUGCUUGGGCGUUUGGUAAUCAGAAAGCUUUGAUUCACGGCUGAAGAUAUUUUGUGUAAAGUAUCGUUCUUCUUGAUAUAUGUACGUCAUAUCAAUGAACCAAAUGGGGGGAAAUUCAAAUUGUGUACAUAUACUUUGAUCAUUUUCACGUUAUAUUUGAUUAUCAUAACUUAGACAUUCCUUAUCCUCUUGUAAAUAUUUGCUUCUUACACAAUCUUCAGUGGAUAACGCCUCUAGAAUCAUAUCACCUUACCAGUGGAAUCCACAGACUGUAGAAUGUUCCUUUUAGAUACUAAUAAGUAAAAAUUGCAGACCAGUAGCAGUCAUCAAUGUCAAUAUAACUAUGUGCUUUGCUAAAAAGGGGAUUUAUUGUAUUAAUAUUUAAUAAAAAGUAUUAUUUGGAUAAUUUUACAACUUUUAUCAACAAGUGGAAAACGUGAUUUUGUAUGUAAUCAUUUCAAUAAAAAUGAGAUUGCUUAA